CACGAACAACCAAGAAGCGUGACGCGUUAUUGUGCGUUAGAGAGGUAAGGAGUCUGAACGAGUAACUAACUACAAAUUCAGAAUCCCGCAAUGCCAUUAUCUCAUAUUCUUCUCCAAUUCAAUUCAAUUCAAUUCAAUUCUCUUCUCAUUUCUUCAACUCUCUCUCAAUUUCUUCUUCAAUCUCAACCUUCUCUUUCUCUGUCGGUGGAAAUGGCGACGAAUAUCGGCAUAAUGGACAGUGCUUAUUUUGUCGGCAGGAACGAGAUUCUGAGUUGGAUCAACAAUCGACUCCAGCUCAAUCUCUCACGCAUUGAAGAGGCUGCAUCUGGUGCUGUACAAUGCCAGAUGAUGGAUGUGACGCAUCAAGGUGUUGUUCCGAUGCAUAAGGUUAACUUUGAUGCAAAGACGGAGUAUGAUAAGAUCCAGAAUUACAAAGUUCUGCAGGAGGUUUUCAACAAGCUGAAAAUUCAGAAGCAUAUUGAAGUUAGCAGGCUUGUUAAAGGCAGGCCGUUGGACAACUUGGAGUUCCUGCAGUGGCUGAAACGUUACUGUGAUUCUGUGAAUGGUGGCAUUAUGAAUGAGAACUAUAAUCCUGUGGAGCGAAGAUACAAGGUCGGAAAGGACCGAAAUCUGAAAUGUUCUAUGAAGAAAUCCAAAUCACUGCAAACAGAUAUUAUGAAUAACUCAGGCUCAGGCAACACACUUGGUCCUAAUAGAACCUCUGGGGACAAGCCACCAUUCAGAUCAAGUGGAGUGGCAAGUGGGGCUAAUUCUUCAGCAGAGAUUCAAUCUUUGUCCAAAGAGAUUAUUGAUCUCAAAUUAGCAGUGGAAACCCUUGAAAAGGAGAGAGACUUUUACUUUGCAAAACUACGGGAUAUAGAAAUUAUUUGUCAGACUCCAGAAGUGGAGAAUAUCUCUAUUACUGUAGCAAUUAAGAAGAUUUUAUAUGCCAAUGAUACAAAGGAAUCAGUGCUGGAUGAAGCUCAAGAUUAUCUUAAUCAAACUAUGAAUGCUGUAGAAGCUCAAGAUUAUCUUGGUCAAACUAAUGAUGCUGUUGAAUCUGAAGCAGAAAUUGAAGCCGAUUCCCAAAACUAGCUCCUGGCUGGUAUUUGAAGAUAUAUGCAAACCUCUUUUUCAAAAACUCAAUUCUGUCUUACCAGCUGGUAAUGAUCUGCACUGUCCUAUGGGAAUAGAACACCAUGUAAUGAAAAUUGUCAUAUAUCGAAUUUGUUUCCUUGUAAGCCUGAACGAAUAAUGACAUGAUAGAUGAUCAGUCUUUUCAAAAAUAGAUUUCAUCUACUCAUCCUUUUCAUCAUCACUAUAAAAAAACUUCUCUAAUGAACA